AUGAACCACUCGUUUUUAAACUUAAAAGAAUUGAGACUUAGCUACAAUCAGUUGAAUGAGUUUCACCCACAAAGCCUCGAGCAACAUUCAAGCCUUGAAUAUUUGGAUUUGUCUAACAAUAAGCUUGGGGGAUCCUUGCCGGACUUGAGAGCAUAUUCAUCAUUGCAACAGUUAGCUCUCUCCAACAAUCGAUUUAAAAGGCUACCCGAAGAUACAUUACCUACUUGGCUUUGGAAUUUGACUUCUUCGUCAAUAUUAAAUCUCUCUUAUAACCACAUUAGUGGAGAAAUUCCUGGUCAAUCCUCAAGCAAUCGUUUUUCUCCACCUGUAGAUUUAAGUAGUAACAAUUUUUCUGGUCCAAUUCCAAUAUUUCUUUUUCGUUCAAUGGAUCUACGACUAGCCAGAAAUAAGUUUUCGGGAUCCAUUUCUCACUUAUGCACAAUGUCCACUCCUUUUAAAACCGUGGUCCUUGAUCUCUCAGAUAAUCAAUUGACAGGAGAGAUUCCCGGUUGCCGAAUCUUCGGAGGCUCUUUACAAAUUCUCAAUUUGGCAAAUAAUAAGUUCUCAGGUGAAAUCCCCCGAAGUUUGGGCUCUCAGAUUCAAUUAAAGAUAUUACAUUUGCGCAAUAAUAAUUUAAUUGGCGAACUACCUUCCUCUUUGAAGAACUGCAGCGUCUUGCGCAUGCUUGAUGUGGGAGGAAACAAGUUAACAGGUACUAUUCCACAGUGGAUAGGAACUCACCUAACAAAUUUGACAGUUCUUAGCCUUCGAUUUAAUAAAUUUCGUGGAAACAUACAUCCAACAAUUUGCCACCUUACCGAUAUUCAAAUCUUGGACCUUUCAAAGAAUAAUAUAUCAGGGAAUAUUCCAGAAUGUUUCAUCAACUUCACUUCUUUUGUUCAAAAGAGUAAUUCAACUGAAAGCACUACAUUUGUUUCAAUUACUAUUCUACACGAUAAGUCAACUGAAGACAUUAUGUCUAUUUCUUAUCCUGAUUUCCAAGAUCCCUUUGAGCAUGAAUUUCCCAUGGAUACUUAUGUUGACAAUAUUUUGGUUCAAUGGAAGGGACGAGAGUCAGAAUAUAGAAAACUGGGAAUUUUGAAAGGGAUUGAUCUUUCUAGCAAUAAGUUAGUUGGAACUAUUCCUCAUCACUUUUCUGAUAUGAGGGGUUUAGUUUUCUUGAACUUAUCAAGAAACCAUUUGACAGGAAAUAUCAUAUCAAGCAUUGGUCAAAUGGAGAUGUUGGAAUGGCUCGACUUGUCUAGAAACGAGCUCUUUGGGAAAAUCCCAAACAGCCUUGCAGAAUUACAUUUUCUCAGCGUUUUGGACUUAUCAAACAAUAAUUUGUCGGGGAUGAUUCCAUUAGGCACUCAACUGCAGAGCUUCGACCCCUCUAUGUAUGCUGGGAAUAGCCAACUCUGUGGGCUUCCUCUGGUAGAGUGUCCUAGAGAAUCUCCUAACCCUGAUCAUGGACAUGGCAGCAACAUUGAAGAAGACGAUGUUGGGUUUAUAAGCCGAGAGUUUUAUAUGUGCGUGGCUUUUGGUUUCAUUACUGGAUUCUGGUCAAUUCUUGUUACUUUGUUACUCAAGCAUUCAUGGAGACAUUCCUUUUUUAACUUCUGGAACAACAUUGGAGAUUGGAUCUACGUGACAGCAAUGGUCCAUGUGGCACGAUUCAAGAGAAAAUUUCUGGCCUAGCCUAAUGGUAUAAUA